CCACCAGGAACUCUGCGCUGUCAUUAAUUAUCGUUGUUUCAACUUUUAUCCAGAGAUCAAAUUCUCUCUGCUAAUCGGAGUUUGAUAAUUUUCCACUUUAGCCACGCCUCUCGUAAUGAAACAUUUUCAUAACGUUCAACAUCACAUGCUGAGUUAGUUCAAAGUUAUGCAAGGAAUAGAGCAGAGGGUGGAAAAAUUAAUUAAAUAUUUAUAAAACGUAAAGUCUAUUCAAACAUUAUCAAUAUGAAAGACAUUUUGAAUUAUUUUGGAUUUAGCAUUUGUUUGGUUUUCAAAGAAUAAAUUGUAACUUUGCAGAGGACAAUGGUAAAAUUCGAAAAAUUUCCUUCUACCUUGAUGGAAUGUCUUGAUAGCCAGGGAGAUGCUCUGACCGUUCCGAGUAAUUUAUUCUGUAAUGCAACAUGGGAUACAAUAUUGUGUUGGCCUCCAACUUUAAUUGGAUCAAUUACAAAACUUCCAUGUCCUGGAAAACAUGAAACUGGAUUGGAAAGACAGUCAUAUGCGUCCAAAGAGUGCGGACUUGAUGGGAACUGGAUCGGAAUACACCCUGGGAAAGAAACAUUUCCGGAAGAAUUUGAACCCGGCUGGACAAAUUACAGUGAGUGCAUUGGUGUCAUUUACGAAACUGUGAAAAAUACGUCAGACAAUAUCAUGAACGUUUCUGAGAGCGCAUCAGUUAGCGUCGGCGCAUUGUCUAUACCACAUAACGGAGCCGAUAUUUUUGGAGCUGCGCUUUUAGUACUUUCUUUGAUAUUGAUUUUGGCUUCCCUUGGAAUUACAUGUUGUAACAAUGCAAUUCAAUCGACAAGAACAAGAUUUUAUAGAAAUCUGUUCGCAGCCUUUAUUUUCCACGACGUUCUGGAAUUGAUCGUGCGAAUUGGUCGUGUUUUCCACUCUGACGCCAUAAUUCGAGACAUUGAAACUUGUGUGUCGUUUGGUGUUUUGUUGACACUAUUGUCUACUGCAAUUUUCUCCUGGUUUUUGAUGAUAGGUAUUUCGUUUAUGUUGACGUUUAAAGGUGUUGUUGUUGAAAACCGGAUGUACUAUGUCAUGUGCUUGCUGGGAUGGUUUAUGCCAACUGUCGUGACUAUAACCUGGUUAAGUGUCACUGUUCUUGGUGGGAAUUUGUCAUGCUGGGAUGGAGAACUUUACAUCGCACGAAUGACAUCAAGUUUUUGGAUCAUACAAGGAUCAAUCGUUAUAUUUCUGUUAUUUACGUGGUUGUGCAUUCUGAGCUUUCUAUUGAGGUACAAAGAGUGGGAAAUGCAAAGAAAGUACAGUGAAAACAAAGAUCUUGCAGUUGAACUAACUAACAUCAAACAAAGUGGAUACAAAAUGUUUGCAACUAUGUGUUUUAUGACCGGGGCAUACAUUAUUUAUUUGUCGUGUUCCCAAUCACCGUUGACAGAAUCACUGUCGUACUUGUUGGUGUUGGUUAUGUUUUCCCGCGGAAUAAUUGUUGCCGUUUUCAUGUGUUUCCUUGAAGAACAAUGCAAAUGCUGGGAUGGUAUGUACGCGGUUGAAGGAAGUACUACUACAGACAGUGAAAGUCUGAGCUCCAGAAACAGUAGCCAUCCCAGUCAUUACGGCCACCAUACCGUUUUGCCUAACCAUGGUAUAAUAUCUAUGUAACUUUUGCUUCAAAAGCGUUGUAAUUAAAUCUAGCUAUUGUAAAUAAAAUUUCAGAAUAUUUCUGUAUU